UGAAGCCAAAAUGGCGACGUGCAUGUUGUCGUCAAAGAUGUCGCCCUUGGUGUCACCCAUCAUUAGAUUUCUACUAAAAGAUCAGUACUAUUCCUCGAAAACGAUAUGUAACGGUGUGACUAACAUUUCCAGACGAGGCUACUCGACGGAUGCUCUCCCCCGGCCGGCUGCAGAAGACAGCAAUGCUGCCGCAGCGUAUAGCGGACCACUGGAGCACUACAACAGUCUGGUCAGGGAUGAGUCGCUGCAAGAGGACCCGCAUCAAAAAGCCGUGGUUCAGACCUUGGAUAAAAUGCACAAAACCCUAAGAGGUUACAACAACCAGCCUAUGUCCCUCUUCUCGAAGUUUUUCUCUAAACCAAAGCCCCCAAAAGGGUACUACAUCUAUGGAGAUGUUGGCACAGGGAAAACGAUGGUUAUGGACAUGUUCUACUCACACGUGGAGACAGAGAAGAAAAAGAGGGUCCAUUUCCACGGCUUCAUGUUAGAUGUACAUAAUAGGAUACAUCGCCUUAAAAAGAGCCUGCCGAAAAGGAAAGCUGGGAGGAUGGCUAGGGUCUAUGACCCGAUUGCGCCAAUAGCAGAGGAGAUCAGUGAAGAGGCCUGUCUGUUGUGCUUUGAUGAGUUUCAGGUGACAGACAUUGCAGAUGCCAUGAUUCUGAAACAGCUCUUUGAAAACCUCUUUAAGAAUGGGGUUGUUGUAGUGGCCACGUCCAACCGGCCCCCAGAGGAUUUGUACAAGAACGGACUACAGAGGGUCAACUUUGUGCCAUUUAUUGCUGUGUUGAAGAACUAUUGCCAAGAGCUUCGUCUGGACUCUGGGAUAGACUACCGCAGAAGAAACAGACCCUCAGCUGGGAAACUGUACUUCCUCUCAAGUGAACCUUGUGUUGAAGCAAUACUGGACAAGAUGUUUGACGAGCUGGCCUUCAAACAGAACGACAUAACACGGCCGAGGACUCUGAAACUGCUAGCCAGGGAGGUCAGUCUUAUGAAAACCUGUGGGACCAUAGCAGACUGUACCUUCGAGGAGCUGUGUGAUAGACCAUUGGGUGCCAGUGACUACUUGGAGAUCUCCAGGCAGUUUGAUACUGUAUUCAUCAGGAACAUUCCCCUGCUCACUAUGAACAAGAAGACUCAAGCGAGACGCUUGAUCACGCUUAUAGAUGCCUUCUAUGACCACAAGGUACGAGUGGUGAUUCUAGCCGAUCACCCUCUGGAUGACAUCUUUGUACACGACGGAGAUCACGAACACCACCAUCAUGAACUCAUGGAUGAUCUCAACCUAAAAAAGAACUCCAUCCGACACAACCUGUCUCUCCACAGUCGUUUCAUGCGGGUGCAGAAUGAAGGAACGGGGAAGAGUUCCUGGUGGAUGGUCAACCCUGAGGGCGGGAAAGGCGGCAAAGCUCCACGACGACGGGCCGUAUCCAUGGACAACAGCAACAAGCUAAUCAAAGGUGCUCGAGGCCGUGCCGCCAAGAAGAAAGCAUCUCUAGGCCUACAGGCCGUCCAAGAUGGCAGCUCCGAGAGUUUAUCCUUAUCCUCUAGCUUGUCCAAGUGGACAGGAAGUCCCACGUCUCGCAGCAGUGACGAACUGGAUGCCUGGACGGACUUCAGGUCUCGCACCAACUCCAAUGCCAGCACAAUCAGCGGGCGUCUUUCCCCCAUCCUGGCCAACCCAGAGCUGGACGAGGUGCUGGAUGACGACUCCAUCUCUCCCCUCUCUCCCAUGCUCUACUCCAGUCCCAGCAGUUUGUCCCCCUCCACCGGCCCCCUAGGUCUGGCCGACCUGGCCCUCACUAUGAACCUCAACGACGGGCUCCCUGACGACCUGAUGGGCGACCUUCUGGACAACAUCAGCUUGACGGCGUCCCAGCAGCCCCUGGGGCAGGAGGUGGAGAGUGGAGGACCCAAUCAGAUGGGGAGCUCAGUGUUAACCUUCAGCUGUUCAGGAGGUAGUAGUAGUCUGGGCAUCCCAUCCUCCAGCAGCUACGGGCCUCCCAUCUCCAUCUUCCAGCUCAGCCCCCCGUCCUCCUCGGUGACCUCCCUACGCCAGUCCCCCAUGCAGACCAUCCAGGAGAACCACCAAGCUUCCUUCUCCUGCCUGUCCUCUCGUUUCAACCACCACCACACCCUGCAGGACCUGCUGAGCCUGGAGACACAUGGCAGCCAUGUCAGCGACAUCAUGCUCACGCACUCUGACCCACUGAUGUCACAAGCCAGCGCCUCUGUCACUUUGUCCCAGAAUUCCCGGCGGAAUGCCAUGCUGUUCCGCAAGGACCCUAUGAUGUCAUCAAACUGGGACGGUGCUGCGGGUCUGAAUUCCCAGACUUCCUUAAUGCCUGGUUGGCGGGCUCAGGCUGGCUUGUCUACACCUAACAAUGAAGUGUUGUGCUCAAGCAAUGACUUGGACCAGCAGGCCAAGCAGCUUCUCCAGCACCUACCGUCUCCCAGUAGAAACUCUUCUAUGCAGCUUGGUGGCUCUGGUACCAACAACAGCACCUCUGAAAACCCAUUUCAGUUGAUCGCUCCGGACCGCUUUCCCGUCCCUGACGAUCUGGAUUUGGACGUGUUCAACAGCAGCCUGGACUGUGACAUGGACACUAUCAUACGUAAUGAGCUGAUGGACGCUGACUGCAUUGAGGAUUUGUGAAUACAGGCCCGGGACUGAGGCUCUGUUUAGUCUCUGUGUUGGGAGUUGAGACAGUAACCAUCCGUAUUAUCAGUGGGAUUUUAGUAAAUGUGAAGUUAAAAUGUGAAAUAGACACUUAUUUUAAGUCUCAGGGAUUUAUCCUUAUGUGGUGAUUUGUAAACACUGAUAUAAAAAUUGAAUGUUUUUUUUUUUUUAAUUUUUACCCUGCUUCCAUUGUCAUAUUUGUUAACCAUACCUUAACCAACACAAUAUUUUUGCCAAACCAGCCAUCAGUCCAGUGUGGUUGACUGCCUGUUUACAUCUAACAAGCUCCAGAGAAUGUUACCAUUAUUUUGUAUAUAAUUGAUUCAGCUUUUUAUGCUUUUACCGGUAUGUUCUCAGCAGAAAAGAGGACUAAGGAAAAAAAGCAAUUGUGUAUUUUUGAAACGCCUUGCAUCAAAGAACCAUUCCAUGCACCUGUAUCAUAAAACAUUUAGUUUAUAAAUGUUUAACGUCAUCAAAUGCAAGGUUAUCCACAUGGUGUUAAUUGUACUGUAUGUAUGUGAUGUUUGGUAAAUUUUCUUCAGUGAUUUUGAUAUUCAAUACUCCUGAGAGAAUUCUCUGCUUGUAAAGUUGCAAUGUCAGACUCUGCACUAUAACAUGGCCUGUAUUCAAUAAAGCAUUUCUGAGUAUGAGUACUGAUACAGGAUCAGUUUAACCUUUUAGAUCAGCACUCCGACUCUAAGAAGCUUUAUGAAUAUAGGCCCAGGUGUUGCUUGAUUGUUAGUCCUUAUAGCAAUUCAUGAUUGCUCUGGAAAUGCGACCCAGAUGCUCCGUACGGAGGUUUUGAUGCAAUUGCAGAGCCUCUGGAGGCUUGCAGAGGCCAAAUCGAGCUCCGCACCGCAUUGCUGUGCGCCUCCCAAAUUUUGUAAUAGUACGGAGGGCUCCGUAUAGCUCUGCAUUGACAUGAUUGGUUGAUGGUACGUGGGGGCGGAAGGUGCUUUAUAAAUACAUUAACUUUCUUGACAACUUCCAACAGCUCUGCGAAGCGCAAGAAGUUUGAAAGCUCUGACUUCUGCGGAGGCCACAUCGCUGUAAAUGCUGUACGGCCAUUGCAGAUGUUGGAUUGACCAUGCAGAACCUUUAAGGAAAAGCGUUGUAAAAAGGACUGGCAGUUGCAUGGUAGCAUACCAUUUAGAUGGCUUUUAAAUAGGGAACAAUAACAGUACAAUAUCUUCUUGAAUAUUGCCAAAUCUUUUCCACAUUCAAGAAAUCCAAUAAAAGAAAACAUUGAAAAUGUACUUUGUGCAGCACGCGCUUUAGUAGAAAUAAGGGAUAAAGUACAAUUCUAAAGGCAAAACUGUCACAAUAAUUUAACAAUGGAUUUAACUCAUGGUUUUCCAAUAUACUUUGUAAGAACAAAAAAGGGUCAACAUAAGGGUUAAGUUUACAAUCUCAUCCACUGAGAAUGGAUCUACUUUGUAUUUUUACUUAUUUUGAACACCGAAAGAAUUACAGCUUACAAAAAUAUAUAUUUUUUUACAUUGGAUAAUCAUUUACUCAUGCUAAAUAUUGACAUUUAGGCAAAGCCUGAAAUAUCAGAUUAUUGAAAAGAUUCCAUACAGAAUCGGAAGCAAUAAACUCUUAACAUUCUGUUUAAAUUAUUGCCCCAAAAAUAAUAUAAUGUAAAUAUUUUGAGCCGAUUUCUCACAUGGAAUAGGAUUAAGUGAAGAGAUUAUUACCAAAAUUUCGAGUCAACAUACAUUGUACAAGCUUUACGGGUGUCCUAUGCUAUUGUGUUGAAAAUGUUAGGAGUUUUAAUGACUCCUUAUUUUCUUGACAUCUAUGUAACUCUUAACGCUACCAACAUAGAAGUUCUAUGUAAUAAAUGUAGAUGGAUUUAGACUCCUCAUACAACAUAUUUUGAAUACAGUACUUGGAUUGGUUUCACGAUGAUUAGAUAUUAACCAUUUGACUGGCUGGUUUUAUGCUGAAAUAAUUUUUGUUUAGUAUCAUCAUUAAAGUAAUAUUGCAGUAUUAUUUCUCGUACUGUAGAUUACUCACUGCCUACCUAUGAUCUUAUUAACCUUGCUGGUCCUAAAUUUCGUCACUCUACUUGAUGUUUGUUGGCAUUUCCUUAUGUAUUUCCACUUUGGAUGAUGUAAUGUAGGUCUAAGAAAUGGUGCAUGUAAAUAAAAGCUUUGUGAAGCACUAUAAUCGUCUUGAAAA